AUGUCAAAAUAUAAACACCACUCAAGGUCUCGAAUACAAGAAGAUGGUGAUGGUACCCCUCAAACCAUAAACACAAUCCACAAUAAUUCUGAUUAUGGGGAAGAUGAAGAUAAUAUUGGACCACCAAAACUGAGUAAUUUCGGAUCAGCAUUAUUAGCUAGAGGUAACGAUACAGGUCAGAGCAACUUUCUCACUGGAUUACAAAUGGCCGAGACACUGACCAAUCCCGUUGACCCACAUUCAAUAUCACAUACAAUAUAUUCUCAGACUCAGGAUUCACCACAGUCAUCACUUUUUGCUAUGAAUCAUAAUAACAAUGUAAACCUUACUAGUAGACCACUGAGCAUGACAACGGUACACGACGGAAACAACAAUAACAAAGAAGAAGAUAUUAGUAAACAGACAGGAAAUUUUUCACCAAGUGAAAAAUUAAGGUCAAUGCAACAGCAUAUGAAGGAUGAACUCACCUCAAGAUAUACAGAGCGUAGAAUUAACAGAUUAUUAUUAAGCAGUAAUAGAAUGAGUAAAUUAGGACCUGCAAAAAGAACAUCUAGUUUGCAAAGUGUAGAUAUGAACGAUCAAUUUGCCAAUAAUACAGGUAAUAACCACAGUAAUGUUGGUAAUCUCACAACAAAAAGUCUUAGUGGUACAAUCUCUACAUCAAAACCUGUACUAUCACCAAGCAACACUGAGGCUGUACUCCCUUCAGAACCAUUGAACGAUUAUUCUAACAUUAACUUUGGCGAUUUGAAUCCUUUACAAUAUCUUAAGAAGCAUGAUCUUCCAUCGAGUGAGUUACCACAUAUCUCAAAGAUAUACUUUGAAAAAAGAAAAGAAGAAAUACGACGUACAGCAUUGAGAAAGUAUAGUUCUUCAAAGGACAUACUAUUGAAUAGGACAAGAUAUAUAGAGGAGAACAAGAAUAACAACAGUAACAAUGAUAUCAGAAGCAAUAAGACAGACCGACGCAAUGUAGCAAUUGAUAAAAGGAAUUCUAUUCUUGUUGAUAGACCCGAAGAACCAGUUAAUAAAAUUAUAACUCCAAGGGAGCAUGAAAAUGUUGGUACCGAAUUGAAAGUACCCGUAGACACCUUUUCCAUUAAAAAUAAAAAGAGGGAAGCAUUAUCGAAUAUUAGUCUAAAUAAAAAAGAACCUGAAUAUAAGAAAACAAAGAAAGUAGAAAUUCAAGAGCCGAUAAAGACACACACUUACAAACGCAACAACAUUGUAAGGGUAAAUGAUAUUGAAUAUGAACGGAUCGAAAUGUUAGGUCGUGGUGGUUCAUCUAAAGUUUAUAAAGUUAAAGGUCCAGGCAAUAAAGUGUAUGCUUUGAAAAGAGUUAUAUUUGAUGAGUUUGAUGAAACAAGUGUGAAUGGUUUUAAAGGAGAAAUUGAAUUAUUACAGAAACUUGAUAUGAAGGAUAGAGUUGUUCAUUUAUAUGAUUACAUGAUGAAUCAAGGAUUGUUAUAUUUAAUUAUGGAAUGUGGUGAUUUUGAUCUUUCGCAAAUUCUAAAUACACGAAUUAAUGAUCCAUUUGAUGCGUCAUUUAUUAGAUAUUAUACCAAAGAAAUGAUUGAAUGUAUUAAAGUUGUUCAUGAUUCUGGUAUUGUUCAUUCUGAUUUAAAGCCUGCCAAUUUCGUUGUUGUUAAAGGGAAAUUGAAAAUUAUCGAUUUUGGUAUUGCUAACGCUGUACCCGAUCAUACGGUUAACAUAUAUAGAGACACACAAAUUGGUACACCAAAUUAUAUGGCGCCUGAAGCAUUGAUUACAAUGAAUUAUUCUGAUAUUAAAGAGACGUCAGAAAAUGAUCCUAAUGAAAAAUUACCAAAAAACACAUGGAAAGUUGGUAAACCAUCGGAUAUUUGGUCAUGUGGUUGCAUUUUGUAUCAAAUGGUAUAUGGGAAACCACCUUAUGCGGGAUUUCAAGGGCAAAACCGAUUAUUGGCAAUUAUGAAUCCCGACGUCAAAAUUAGUUUUAACGAGAAAACCGAUCACGGUAAAUCUAUUGUUCCGAAGUCUCUAUUAGAAUUAAUGAAGCAAUGUCUCAUUAGAGACCCUGAUAAACGUUGCACAGUAAAUGAAAUAUUAGGAUGUCCCUUCUUAAACCCUGUGGUUGUAACAGAAUUUUUCAUUAAGGAUUUAAUUAAGAAUGCAGUGACAUUUGGUGCCAAACAGAGGUAUGUAUCGGAUGAUAAAAUUGAAGAAUUAACCAAUGAUGUGUUAAGUCGUCUCGAAGAGUUUAAAAUGUGA